CACUUUUUGGAAAUAGUUCACUUAUUAUUUGAAAAAAAGUAAGGAUUUGCGUGACAACAAGACUCGUUUCAAGAUCUGCCACGAGUAGUGUGAGCUUGCGUGACAAGAUUUCUAGUCACCUGUUUUCGGAUCACGAGAGGAUUGUGUGACAGGUUUCGUGACGAGAUGCAUAGCCCGUGACGUAAAACACGUAAGCUGACAGGUAAACAACAGGUAUUGUAAUCUAAAAACACUCACCCUAAAAGAGGCUAUACAACAAAACAAUUAAAUCACCUUAGAAACCCUUGAAUGGGUUUACGAUAUCCCAGCAUGAAGCGCCACUCUUUGGCUCGGAUAGCACAGUCCAACAAGCAUGAUCUUUAUAGCAUGGAUCAUGAUCCUGGGAAACCCUUCCUGCUCUGAUCAAUAUGGCGCCGUCAACAUCUUUGCCUAACUUGUCAUUGUUUAGUGUUUUGUUAACUGCCAGUGUUGUGUUUUCUUCCGUGAGGCCUCAGUCCCCGUAUUUGUACCAACCAGAGAUGCGGAAAUAUGGCCAUCAAGUCGAAAAACGACAAGCAGAAAAACAAAACCAACAGUUGAGCCAAACUAAGAUAAGACUGAUACAGAGUCUCAGCAAUAACAAACCUUUACGGACACUCAAUUUUCCGAGAAAUAUCAGCGAAUUCCUAUGGCAGCUUGACCAGUCUUACUUCAAACAUGGUGUGUACCCGCGGAACACAAGACGUCUACAAAAAGUACUUCGCAAAGCGCUUGAUAAAAAGCCUGUUAAUCUUCUUAUCAUAGGCGGAUCUAACAGUGCGGGUGGCGGAAUUGACCGGCGAGAGGGGAACUUAGAGAGCACUUAUUAUGGCAUAUUCACUCGAUGGUGGAGACGAACGAUUGCCCCAAUCACUGGAUCGGAUAUCAAGGUCUUCAACAUCGCUAUCGGCGGCACAGGGGGCGCACUUUUUGCGUAUUGUUUCGAUGCGUUUAUCCCUGUUAAUCAAAUCAUUGACAUUGUCUUGGUUGAACAGUCGGUGAAUUAUAAGUUACCAGGGAAGGCGAAACCACUUGAGCAGUUGACCCGUCGAUUACUUCGCUAUUUUUCGGCUCCUGAUGUUCUUUAUGUCAAUGCAGUGGGGUCAUUCAGUGGGCAAUCAAAUCCUGAGUGCGUGAACCUUGAAGACCUGGGACAAACAGAGUUAGCAGAGCAUUACCAGAUAACCUCGUUUAGCUUACGGGAUAUUAUAUGUCCGAUGGUCGGCGGACAAAGAGUCAAGAAUUCGGACAUGGCGUCCAAAAUGUCGAGCCGAGACUCGAACCAUAUAUCGAUAAAGGCGCAUGCGCACAUUGGGACACUGUUGAUCAAUUACAUACGUAAAGUGUUCCUUGCUCAGAUACAGAACAAUCAGUUCACUACUGCAGUCCCACGAUUGCCUGAGCCGCUACUGUUAGAUAAUCCAUUAGAAAUUAUCACAAAUCCAAAGUGUUCGACAAGUGUCACUCCAAACUACAAACAAGACUUCUACCAUCGCACGCUAAAUUUAAAGCCCUUAUCAAUCCAAGGAUUCACGUUUAUUGUCAAGCCUUACUUGAACUUCGACAAGAACACUGACUAUCAGGAAAUGGCGAGAAUGGACCGCCAGCGAGGAUGGGUUGGGAGUGGUCCCGGGGCAACUAUCAAAUACGGGGUCCUUGUACCCCCUUGGAGACCCGGCACGGAAGAGGUCCAGUCUAGAUCAGUUAGUCUCAUAAUACACUUUGAGAGCGAGGGAAGUGAGGGACUAGUUUUCCUGGACCAACAAAGAGAUACAGGAAUCACUGUUAACGCAAAGGAAGUACGAAGUACGAACGAUGUUUAUACGAUUGCUACACGAGUACCUCCCGGAUAUCAUACGAUCACCAUCGAAGUUCUGUCAGAAGGAAAGUUGAUGAUAACAGGAUUAGUUGUGGGACCCCCUGAGUUUUGCUGCCACUUUCUGUGAUAUAAAGAUACUUCGGGAAAAAAAAGUAUAUAAUGAUUGCUACUCAAAUACCUUCCGAAUAUCACACGAUCACUAUCGAAGUGCUAUCGAAAGAAAAGUUGAUGAUAACAGGGGUAGUGUUGGGAACAUCUAAAGUUGCUGCCUUUUUCUUUGAUAUAAAGAUUCUUUCCGUAAAAAAGAAGUAUAUAAUGAUUGCUACUAGAACUCCUUUCCACGAUCACUAUAGACGUCCUUCGGAGGAAAAGUUGAUGAUAAUGUCUGAAGCCCGGGGUAACACAGCGUAUAGCAGAAUCAUUUAUACACAAUAGCCACUCCCCAUAAGUACGAUAAUGAUUUCCAAAACACACUUGCAGGUUCAAAGACUUUUUAUGAGAUAUUAGUAAACGCUUUUUUUGUGUGUGUUUUUUGCGUAAUUGUUGCUUAUUUGGAUUUGUAUUUUGCGCUGAUAUACGAGUCAUUAAACGCGUCUCAUUUUGG